AUGGCACAGACGGAACUGCAUUUGGACGGAUUGGGCAUCCGCAAGAUCGUGGAGACACCGCCUGGAAUCAAGGUGCUGUCAAUCAGCGGAAAUCGUCUCAGAAGCUUGGGUUCCAUUGCGGCCUGCGUGACGUUGGAGGAGAUCAAUCUGGCAGCCAAUAAGUUGAAUGAGGACGCCUUAGCACCGCUGGCAGCGCUGCCAGCCCUCAGGGUCCUCAACAUCUCCAGGAAUCAUGUCCGCGACCUCGGGCCGCUCUUCUUGGCACCACCCAGCUUGGCAGCGCAAAGCCGCGCCUUCCCAGCUUUGGAGGUCUUGAACAUAUCGGCAAAUGCGGCUCUCAGCGAUGUGACUGCAGCAAUGUCACUGCAAGUGCUGCGAAGUCUUACAGCUACUGGCCUCAACGUGACGUCUCUACACUGUGUCCACUGCAGCCUGGAGGUGAUAGACCUGCGUGGAUGUUGUCUGCAGAGGGUUACCUCCCUGAAGGCAGUCCCGUACUUGUCCGAGAUGAUGCUGGACGGCAACGCACUUCUGUCCUGCAAGGACUUGCUGGAGCAUUCAAUGCUGCAGACCCUCCGCUUGGCGCACAACGCCAUCGAGGAAAUCAGUGCCGUGCAGCUGCCUUCUCUGACAGAGCUGGACUUGGCAUCCAACAACAUCUCCCAGGCCUUGCACCUGGCAGGAGCUCCGCGCCUCGUGUCUCUCGUCGUGCGUGGCAACCAGCUCACAUCGCUAGUUUCUCUUUCACCAUUGCGCAGCCUCACAUUCUUGGACGCCUCGCAGAAUCAAAUACGUGCACUGGAGCCAUCUUUGCGCUGGAGUCUGCGACCGCUGCGAGUGCUUUUGUUAAAUGGCAACGAGAUCGCCGAUGUAGAGGAUGUUGCGCAGACUAUGGAAAUGGCCGGCGGCUUGAGCUUGGAGCAUCUGGAUUUGCGGAACAAUCCCCUCAGCAUCGCCUUCUAUCCGUUUGCAGAGAAGUUGCCCACAUGGACAUGGGAAGCAAGUGCAACCCUGGAAGACUUCGCCUCCAUCAGCGACGGAUACGACUCAGUACCGCGAAGCUUACGAGAUCGUUACUGGCACCGGAUGUCUUUGUUGAGCCCUUCGUUGCAGAGCUUGGACGGGAUGCUGAGGGACGCACGGCGUCUGCCUGAAACUGUGGCUCUGAAGCAAGAUCGAUCCACAGCUCUUGCACUUCAAGGAGUUGAUGGCGAUGAGGUGAUGUAUUGCACACCCAGGCGCAGCGCAGAAGCCUCGACACAGGACUUCGUGGCAGAAGGCACAUUCAGGAGCAACGAGGCCAUCCCUUCGGAAGGUAGAAGCCAAGGCACCAACGCGCAGCUUCCGACACAGCCGCUGACGGUGGACACAGCCGACGCAGCCACUUCGCCCGUGUUCCGGGAACGUGAAGGCUCACGGGACCAGGCUUCCAGCGCAAUGUCCACCGAAGCGCUCCUGAAUUUGGGCCUGGCGCCUGAGUUGCUCGGUGAAGCGCAGCGAAGAGCAAGGAGAGCAGAGCAGCCACCAGUCGUCCUCGCGAUGGAGGUGGCAGCCGCAGCUGCCGCGGCCGCUGUUUCUGCCGCAUCUACAGAUCAGGUGUUUGGCCAGUACCAAGCAAGAGCCUCGCCAGAGCAUCGAGGAGGCCGCCGACAUGGCUCGGAGCAGCCUGGGCCUUCCCAUGGCUCGGCUGAAGGUCUCGGCCCGGGCUCCAUCUGGACGGGGGAGAGGUCGGUUCCCGAUGGUCAGGCAGAGCAGGUUGAUGAAGGAGUUACUUCAAGUCAAGGCUCGUUCUUGCCAGUGGUUGACUUGAGCGCCUGUGCCGGACGCGGUCCACUCCCUGCAGCAGACAGCCUGUCGGCACGGGCCGCAUCUGCGCAGCUCCCAGGGAUGAGUUCGGGCCAGCCUGACCAGGAGACUUUGCCGAAACUUGCGGAGCCGCCAGGGGAGAAGGAAGCUUUGAAAGACCACAAAGACCCACAGCGAGGGGAUAGGGCUCCAGAGGCUCCAGGCGAGCCGAGCGGAGUAUGGAGAAGGGCAGAUGCCGGCGAAGCAGUGGCGUCGCAAGUCCCCUCGCAGCUACUGGACGUCCUCCAGCUGGAGGAUGCGCUGCGUGAGGAGCUCUUGCAUAAGGGAACGGAGUUCGAGAAGCAGCAGCUGCAGAUUGUGGACAAGCUUGAGCGGGCGCACGAAGACUUGGCCAGGCAAUGGCAGGAACUGGACAACGAGCGGAAGAAGUCGACGGAGCAGCAGCAACAGCAACGAGAGCUCCUGGCAAAGGAGCAAGCUGAGCUGGCCCAGUACUUCAAGGAGUUUGAGUCCGAGAUGGAGAGGAGAUACACAUGGCAGCAACAACAGAAGCAGGAGUUCGAAGAGCAGUGGCACGAAGAGUUGACGAAAAGAAGGCAGACUUGGACGAGUGAGCGUGAGAAAGAAAGGUACAAGUUGCAGGAAUGUUUCCACGAGCUAGCGGAGCAAUUCCAGGGAAAGCUGGCAGCAGCACAGACGAAAGCGGAGGUUCGCAUCAAAAGCGAGGAGACCUCUGAACGCUCUGCAAGCCAAGGGGCAGAUUCUGCUGCUCCUGUCCCAAUUGGUGAAGGGAACCACGGGAAUCGAAGCCAAAGCAACCCGACAGGCCCGUGCGUGGGGUCGCCGCAGGACAGGUCCAGCGAGCUGCUUCAGCCAAAGCUGGAUCCACAGGUCCGGGCGAGGCUCCUGGGCCUCGCACCGAGACAGGCGCAGGCCGCAGAAGCCUCAUUGCCAUUGCAGGCUCCAGAAGCCAUCACUCAGCAGAGGGAGAUGAUUGCACAUCAAUGUCAAGCCUGUGGUGUGUGCAGCUCCUCCUCCACCCCCGGGAGCUCUACAACGAGAGCCGGCGUGGCGGUUGCCAGACCAGCACCUGCGGCCCCAGCGACCCCUUCACGCCAGGGCCUCCAGGGUGUCGAGCCAGGAACGGGCCGCAUCUCGGAGCGGCCGUGGCAAAGAGAUCAAGAUGCUGCACUUCCACGCAAGGUCACGUUCCUAGAUCCGCCUGGAAGUAAUGGUGCCUUUCGGCGAGCCUUGCAAGGUCAGGGGAUCUGGGAAGUCGAAGAUUCUCCGAAGACCAAGGAGGCCCAGGCCCAGGCGUCGGCGCCAGCGGAGCUCUUGGCCUCGGAGCCCUUGAGCGGCAGUCCCAUUCACGCAGCUUGCCGGGCGGAGGCAGAGAACAUGCAGGUGAACGGUCAUCCGCGUGAUUUAACGAUCACAGCUUCGCUGGAUGAGGAGGGAAGCCAAAGGGUGGUUUCGAGCACGGAGGCCAGAUCGAAUGGCCAAGACUCGAGGCAGGCCUACUUGAGGUUUCUUCGGAGCGAGAUGCUGGCACAGCAAGCUUAUCUUCGGGAGAUUAGAAGCGCCAGACAAGCGAAGAAGCAACAUCUGAAUCUGCAAAAGGCCUCGCCCAGGUGCCCUGAAAGAGCCAUGCAGGCUCGUCCAUCAGAAGAUGCUUCGGGAAGCACAGGUGCUGGGCGGGCCCGUUCCUUUUCGCCACGGGUUCAGAUUUUACGCCAGGGGCUUGCUGAAGUGGCCGACUUUAGCAAGCGUGUGCCCGCCCAGCCAUCUUCACAGCUGCGGCAGGUGAAGGUGGUUGAGGAGAGCCAAGUCGAAAGAGGACCUCCGCAGAGUACGAAGACUGCUGCUGACGACGGUGCUUGGCACUGCACGGUGACACCCGUCAAUGCUGGAGUGCGUGGCGCUUUGGAGGCUCUGGUGGCUCAGCAGGCUUGGUCCGUUCCGGGCAAGCCUUUGGCCUACACCUACUCGCUUGGCCGUGCGAUCCAGAACAUGACGCCUCCGGCGAGGCAGCGCUUCGACGCAGCGAUCUCGAGAGACUCCGCUCGCGAAGGGCUAUUGCCGCCGUUGCUCGGCUUCUCGCAGCGAGCGUUCUUCUUGGAUUCCAGCAACAGGAUGUCCGAGGUGAUCUCGUCUCCCUUCGGCUUUGCCGCAGUCUAUAAGGGCCCUACAGCACUUCUCUUCGCCUUGGAAUUGAGACAAGCCGAGCGGUUGAGCCAUCCUCGAUUGUAUGGAGCGCAUGCAGGUCGAGUGAUCCUGGCAGAGAUUGCGCUGGGACGUUGCCACACCGCGCGUUGCUCCCUGCAUGAAGCGGUGACGGGCCAGGCCGACGGCAACGCAGUCUCAGGUUUGGGAAGUUCGGUGCCUUUGGCAAAUGUCUUGGAAGUUGAGUACCACCGCGGAGCAGACUCAGUGUAUUUCCCUAAAGUUGGAGUUGUGGCACUCCUGUGUCCGUCUCGGGCCCUUCCAGUAUUUCUGGCAGAGUACUCUCGUCAGCUCGUUGGACAGUGA